UGUUCUGAUUGGCUCUGUGAUGUCAAUUGACGUUGCCAUUCUCUGUUUCUGAAUUAAUCAACAAUAGCGAAGAGAAAAUGGCCGUUCCAUAAUGUAACAGGGAAAACGAUGGCAAAACACUCCCGUCACUCGUCUGUUAAAGAUGCACAGAUCGCGGGAUUGUACGAUUUGCAAGAAACUUUAGGAUGUGGGCAUUUUGCUGUGGUUAAAGUGGCGAGACAUGUUUUUACUGGCGAGCGCGUGGCUGUUAAAGUGAUCGACAAAACCAAACUCGACGAUGUUUCUCUGGCUCACCUAGUCACCGAGGUUCGUUGCAUGAAACUCGUGCAACAUCCAAAUGUGGUUCGACUUUAUCAAGUCAUCGACACACAGACCAAGCUGUAUCUCGUUCAAGAAUUAGGCGAUGGAGGGGACAUGUACGAGUAUAUCAUGAACCACGACCAAGGUCUUUCCGAAGACAAAGCUCGACAUUAUUUUCGGCAAAUUGUACUGGCCAUCGACUAUUGUCAUCAACUGCACAUAGUCCACCGCGAUUUAAAACUGGAAAAUGUAAUUUUCUUCAAAAGUUUGGAUGUGGCCAAGCUUACAGAUUUUGGUUUCUCGAAUAAGUUCUCGCCGGGUCAAAAACUUGAUACUUCUUGCGGUUCUCUAGCCUACUCUGCUCCCGAAGUUUUACUCGGUGACUCCUACGAGGCACCGGCAGUCGGUGAGUAGUACUAUUUUUUAAAGAUAAUGGUCGAUUUAUCAAUAGCAAAUCCAGUUACUUGUGGACACUUUCCUGGGUUGAAUCGCAGCUCGUCUUUAGCUAAAGUAUACCCUUGCGUGUUAAAAACAUAUCCUUUACUUUGCCGCUGGAAUUUUCUCGUUCCAUCUCCGGUUUAGUGGAAAUUUCUAUUUCUUAUCAUUAUUAUAUGCUCCUUAUUAUUCCAAGUGAUAAUUUGCAGUUGGUCGGUCGCUGAAAUUUACAACCCUGACAUUUAAAAAGAAGUCAUGCAUUAAACGGGCUUACAGUACAAUUAUCCGUUCUAGAACGUUUCAUCAAACAAAUGUUAUUUAUUAUUUUAGUCCUUUGGGUGGAAAAAAAACUUAAAAAUUUCGACCUAAUUUUUAAUUUUUGAUAUCCACUGACUCCACCGUGGGAGGUAUAUUUACUAGUGUUCAUAUCUACGCAGUUUGAUUGACUAUAGUUACGUUAUUGGCCAUGUAAUAUAUCUGAAUAUAUAUCGUGGGUGAAAGUUAUUCUUUAGACAUCACUGUUGUUUCCGAUAGCUACAUUGAUAUUAAAAGAUCAUAGCCUGGUUCACACGCAAAGCUAGAAAAUCUACACCUGCUGUACAAUAGAAACAGACUUUAAUUUUGAACAAUUUUAAAUUGGAUGUUCGGUUGUUAAAAGAAGUGAAAAGUUAAGUCAGUAAUAUGUUUCCCCCUUCCUACUGCAAACUAACAGAGGGGGGUCAGCUUUGCCAUGAUUUUUUUGUUGUUGAAAUUACUCAAAUUUUAGGAUGUUACUUACGUCUAAGCUGUUAUUUAGCAUGCCGAAAGCCAGUUGUAUAAACUUAAUGCUGUUUGGUGGUAGUGGGUAGUGGGUUUUAAUGAAUGUUAAAAUAAUUUAGAGUGAAAAGUUUUCGAAUUGGUAAGUGUUUAAAGACACAUUGCACAACAGGAUAUUUGGAUUUGUGUCUGUUUACACAACAAAGGCAUCUGGGUAUCAACGUAUACUUUUCACGAAUUGGCAUAAUUGUUUUUGUCUCUCUGAGGCUCAAUAGGUCACCUAUGUCCAAGCAAAGAACUCGUCUGAGGACCUUCAGCUGUCUGCUAAAGACAAGUGUCCUGAUCCUUAUAUAGAAAGAUAGUUUUAGAGCAGUUAAGGUAACUCAUCCAGAACUCAACAAGCACUAAUGUUUGUGUUGGAGGUUCUCAGCUUCCAUCCUUUAAAUGGCUUUUUUAAAUCCUUGAAUAUAGAGCAUUCUGUGGACAAUUUAUUAUAUCAAAAACUGCCUAAAGCAGUGUAAGGCAAAGAGACUUUGUUCAAGGGGGUGCGGAGGGGAAGGUCAUCUUUAAAGAAUAUGUGCGGUUGGUCAUUAGUUUUUCUAACAUUGACAACAUUUCUGUGUAAACAAUAAGAUUUAUAUGGAAUGUUAAUACACAAAGCUGUUUCUAUUUUGAAAACAGGCCCUUGCACAGUACUUAAUUCCAUCAAACAAUUUCACUAGCUGAGGCUUAUCACUUAUGUCUAAGUCUGUUAAUGGAGAAAAGUAGAAAGGAGCAAAAUUGUUGGGGGUGAAGGUGGUGGUCAUAUAUUUGACAAUAUUAGGUUAAUUUGGGACUGCAUAGUAAAAAAAAAACUCAGUAUCAAACUUUUUCUUUCAGAUAUUUGGAGUCUUGGAGUUAUUCUGUUCAUGCUUGUUUGUGGGCGAGCACCUUUUUUUGAGGCUAAUGACAGUGAGACACUCAUCAACAUCAUGGAUGUUCGGUACCAGGUAUCUGACCAUGUUUCGCCAGCCUGUCAAAAGUAAGUCCAUCUGAUAGAGUGAAACCUCUUUAAACCUUUAAGGCCUGCAAGGCCCAAUAUCCAUAUGCAAAUUCUCCAGAUGAAUUUCCUUACCUUUCGUUAAAGAAUUAGUUGAGAGAAUUUGAUAGUUGAUCAGAGCACUUUGCCUUUGGUAAAUAUCUCAAUAAUUUUUAUAACCUUUUCUUCUCGAUAUUGUCUUGUUAUGAUUAUUAAUUAGAGAAAAUUGGUCAUUGUUGGGACUUUUAAGGGUUCAAAUGGCUCUCCUUACACAUCUUGGUUCUGUCUGUGAAAUACCGUAAAAUUGCGAAAAAAAGCCCCUCCAUUUAUAAGCUCCUCCAAAUAUAAGCUCCCCAAACCGGUAACACAAAAAACCGUCCGUUAAAUCGCCCCUCCGAAUAUAAGCCCCCCCAGGAGCUUGUACUUGGAAAAUUGCUCUCAAAUACAAAGUAAAACAAAGCAAAGACGAUAAAUUUACUCCCAACUAUAAGGCUAGCCCAAUCGAUUUUGGAAUGCAAAUUUCCCUCCAUACAUAAGCCCCUCCGAAUAUAAGCCCCUCCAAAAAUAAGCCCCUCAAAAAUGGUCUUUGAAAAAUAUAAGCCCCGGGGCUUAUUUUCGGAAUUUUACGGUAGUUUUUUAUAACUGUGGUUUGUGUUUUAUUAUCUUACAGCUUGAUAGAAAAGAUGCUUGUGCGAGAGCCAUAUCUUCGCUCCACACUAAGAGACAUAAUGGAAGACCCUUGGUUUCAGGGGGCCCACCCUCCUGUGCUUCCAACCCCUGUACCCCUAGUAACAGAACUCCCUCUCACACCUGAAGAACACAACUAUGUUAUAGAAGUAAUGGAGGCUGGAAAUAUUGCUGAUCGAGAAACUAUUCAGACGUAAGUACAUAAAUCUUCUAAGCUGAUGGUUCAUACUACAUCACUAGUGAUGGUUCAUACUGGGACUCGUCAACUUAUAAUUAUCUGGAAUUUGAUUCAAGAAAGUUCAGAAGACAAUUACGAAUUCUCAAGUCCUGAGAAGCGCGUUCUAAACACACACGCAUUGGACAUUAUAGUUUUACGGUGAGAAAAUGCAAGCGUUUUCGCUUCCUUAUGGAUUUAGAGUUACUGGGGAACUUGAGUUUAAUAUACCACAAUCCUUUAGCGGCAUAGAACAAAGAUGGAGUGUAAAAAAACUUUGGCCCUGACUAAUCUUGAACCGCUGUGUUUAUAGAUAAACGAGCACGAUCUUGCAAUCGAAAUGCAGUUUCGCUUAAUUGAUUAAAUGGAAUAAAAAUCUGAAACCAGAUUGAAAUACCAAUCUGAACGAUCCAAGUGCGGUGGUGGAUCGUUUAGAUUGCAAUCUUAGAUUGGUUUAGUCCUUAAUGGAACGAAAAAUCAAAUUUUGGAUAGCAAAAUCCAGAUUUCGAUUGGUUAAAAGGAAUGCAACCCAAAAAUGUCGCUGCCGCUUAAACUCGCUAAUAUGUCAAGCACUCGUGUGCCAAAAUAUUUUGGCAUCCGGCGAAGUGUUUUAUUGUUAACAGGCAUAGUGAUAAAAUGGUCCAUAAAUUGAUAUUUUUGCGCUUACAGGUCGCUCGAGAAGAACACUUAUGAUCAUGUGACUGCCACAUACUACCUUCUGGCAGAGCAACUUCUACGACGUCUGAAAACAGCCAACAACACUUUCAAUUCAGCUAUCACUAGAAGAAGAACUAAUGGGCGACUGUCUCUUCCAGAAAACGUGCGCCGAGAACAAGAUUCAAAACCAAGGUAUGGUGACCAACGCAGCUUGCAACAACUUGAUUUCAAUGUUUCAAGACAGUUUUGAACAUAGGUGGUAAAACACGCAACGUCCCUUUUCAACUCGUUUUGUAGCGUUGCAAACUUAGGCUACGUGCAAAGGGGCGCAAUAACUCCCAACAUUGUUGGGAGUAGUAAGUCAACAAUAGGGCCGUUUAUACGAGAGAAAAUAAUCCGCGGCUUACAUAAGACGCGAAAGGAAACAUUUAUACGAGUACGGCUUAUAUUAGACGCGAACUGCUCGUAUAAAUGGUUCACGGCUUAGUUCGCGGCCAGAUCGGUCCAAUGAUGACGUAGUUUGGUUUGGUGCCUCGUUUUGGGGUAAUUGCGUUUGUAUCUCGCAACAAAGGCUUGGGCGAGCAAAAAAGCUAAACGACUGGCUUUGGCCCGUAAAAAACGCUGUUUUUUUUCACUGUCUUUUUCAUUUUAAUUUAAACUGUCUCUUCGGUUAAGAUUGGUUGUUGGGUUCCCAGGUAAUUAAUUGGUCAAAGAAAAUUGGGAAACUUAUGCGAAAACCCCGACGAAAGAUUCGACAGCGAUCCGUUGAGUGGUUUCAUCGAGAUGUCCCCGCAAUCUCAAGCUCGCUGCAUAUGAGCAGGAUUUGUUUUUCUUCUGGGGCACUCCACACAUUUCUUUUUUACGUGAAUCUAUAUCCGCCAUUUUCCACUUUGUAAAUGUAAAUGACUGUAAAUGUAAACAAAACUCAUUUUCCCGCCACUGCAACGCGCGUCUCUCGGCCGUGAAGGUCUGGGAUAUAAUUGAAAACAGAGCAUGCGCAGCAGUCGUUCACGGCUUCAGCAAGCCGCGAACAACGUUUGAGUGCAUUUAUACGAACACUUUCACGUUCAAGGUAAGCCGCGGCUUGGAGAAGCCCAUCCCAAAACCCCUCGGCCAGGAUAAGCCGCGGCUUGAGCUGGCCUUGGGUUGAAUAAGCCGUGAACAUAGAUUUCGUACCAUUUAUACAGGGUGUUCGCGUCUUAUGUAAGCCGCGGCUUAUUUUCUCUCGUAUAAACGGCCCUAAUGUUGCGUCCGUUUGCACGGGGCUAAAAGUUAGACCGGUUUCAAACUUUGCGCAACAACACCCAACAACAUCCAACAACGUGCAACAGGGUGCGCAAACGGACGCAACAUGUAACAUCCAACAAUGCUGGGAGUCAACAAUGUUGCGUCCGUUUGCACGCAGCCUUAUUCGGCCUACUCUUCAGCCAGUGCGGCGUCGGUGUCCUAUUUGCAGCCACGUCUGCCUAAUCCGUGUAAUUUUGUUUUUGCACUUAUAAAAAAAUUCCGGUUGAUUUUACACAAGGGGCUGUUUAUAUGAUACCGGAACGAGUUUCGUUCCAGAGUGUAGUUCGUACUGCAUUCACUUUAUAAAAGGGUGCUUAAGCAACUGGAUGACGGCGGUAGCGAAAACGUCACCCAAAAAGAGAAUUCGCGCUGUUUUAAACUUCAUCGCUCUCAUUCCAACUCUUUAAUUUGUCAAAUAUUGGCGAUAUUUUCAGGAGAUGAAUUUUAAAGCGACUAUUCCCGGCUAAGUUCACAAAAAGAAAAAGAAAGUCGUUGUCUUUUGUUCUCGUCCUCCAUAAAACGUGAAAUUAGACAUUUUCAGGUCGUAGUCGUGCAGUGACGGCAAAGAAAUGAACAACAAAGCGUGAUGCACUUGCAAAGUUGUUGUUUGCUCAUCUAAACCUAUUGCUUUUUGCCGUUCUCGUUGCUGUCGCCCUCGUCGUUGCUCAAGCUCCUUCUUAUUUAUCGAACGGCUCAGGCUGAGGCGUUCUCGCUGCACUCGGAUGAUUUUCGCGCCAGAUCAGAUUCGCAUGCAUCACUCGCCCCGGACUACAGGAUUUCCGAUUUUCAAUCCGGAACGAAGUUUGUUCUCAAUUUACAUGAUACAAGAAUGAAUGAAGCUUCAUAUCAGAACGAGAAUUUCGUUCGGAAUGAAAAACCGGAAUGAACUCGUUCCCGAACGACUUUUACGGGAACGAAAUGUCGUUUCGGUAUCAUGCUUUGUUAACGAAUAUAGAGAAAUAUAUGGAGAUGGGAUGAACUCGUUUCAAAAUAAAAGUAGUUCCGUUAUCAUGUGAAUAGCCGUUAAGAGUGUUGGGUAGUGAGCGUAGCGUUCUGAGCCAUAAAUCCUCUUUACAGAGUUCAAAAUAUCCUUUGCUCAUUCCAUUUCUCUUGAAAGGGUGCCCAGUAGGUUUCUCGGGAUCCGGGAUUUGGCUUCUUUGAAGGCCGGGGUUUCGUGACUUCCAAACACUAUGAGGGCGAGAUUCGGGAAGCCGAAAAUUACCAUCGUUAAUACGUUAUGUUCCCAAUUGGGUUAUUCAGAAUUAAUUUUCAAGGCUUUACAAGGAUUCAUUAGGCUUAACAAUGCAGAUUCGCAAUAAGAUACUGAAGUAAUAGAUCUUGUCUAGUCAGAUAUCCCUUCGACCAUUUAACUGGAAUUUUUUUGUCACAGCAUUUCUGUCGUGAAACUGGAAGAGGACAUAGAAAACGAAUCUGAAACGCAUUCUGACACCGAGUCCUGCUCAAGCUCUUCACGCACUCGCCGCAACUCUUCAGGAAGACUGGCGCCAAGGGAAGGAACAAUACUGAAUGAAACUAUCAAGGCACAUGCAGUCGAGGCUGACGAAGUGUUGCAUAGCUCAAUGGAGGAGGAUGAUUUGGUACCCGGAAGUCUUCCAAGAACUCAUGGCAAGUUUUCGUCGACGAGUUCACUUCCGGAUCAUAAGCCGUCAACUUCAACGAACUUGCAAUUUUCAACUGAAAUCAUGCAUACUCCUAGUCUCUCAUCUUUGGCGCGACAACACCAAAAUAGGAUUGCUCGCCACGGUAGAUUGGGUAAAGCUAAAAGCACACCUUUAGCGCUGAAUCAAAUUCACGAGGAACGCGAGUCGGAUUUGGAUGACAGUCCAGCAAAUUCGCCCCGCGUUGAACGGACUAGAAAGCACCUCGGGGGAGGGGUGAUGAAAGCAAAGAGAACUACGCGCCGCCUGUCUCCGGUACCCUCGGGAGGCAGCCGACGCUCUUCAAGUUGUAGUAGUUCGGAUGAAGAUGAAAUAGAAAAGCACAUGCGUCGUCUCAAAACCACUUCCGGUUGUAAACUGAAAUCCAGGCGCUCGAAUACUGAUGAUGGUAGCUUCGACGGUGACAGCGGAGGGGGGACUGGGAUCGGAGGAGGGGGUAGUCUGGGAACUAGGCGUUUAAUUUCCUCCGACAAGCGCUCAAAUGGGGAGUCGUCAUCCUCGAACAAAAGCCCACCACCUAAAAAGGAGAAUAGUGGUAAUGACGAGUGUUUAAAUUUAAAUUUGAAUGGAUUUGCUCCUUUGUGUGAAGAUUUGGAUGUUAUUGUUGAGAGCAACAAAGAAAACUUGGACCACAAUAACUUGAGUAGUGAUGUGGACGAAACAGAAAACAGGACAAAAUUUGAAGUUUGUAACGACAAAAGGAGCCCUUUAAUCGAAGAGAAUGACCUGUUUAGUCACAAAGGAGACGGAGAAAACGGGCGAAACACGAGCUUUAUUCGGGAGAAAAGAACUAAUAGCGCGUCGAAGUACAUUCGGACAAAUGAGUGUGAUGCUGAAAUUGAAAACCGGACGUUAAACUGGAAUAACACAGGCGUUCAACAAAUAAACAAAAAUAAGCGAAACUCUUCGACAGAGGAUGGCGUCAACUUGGAGCUGACCGACAUGAGUCUGCAGUCCAAGGAUAAUUUGAACCGAGGCGAGGAUACCAAGAAAAACAUGCGCAUACUUCGUAAUCCCACAAUGCAUACGGUGAAGAGUAAUUGUUGUCAAAUAUUUUGAUGGUGCAAUCUUUUUAAUUCAUGUUAGUUUUAUGUAUGAUAGCUUUUUUAAUCGUUUUACUUUUGAGUUUUUCAUAAGACCGCUCAGAUUUGCUAACACGUCAUUGUAAAUUAUAUCUUCUAUAUUAUUUUACCUUUUUCUCCUGGGGAGGUUUUUUUGAACGUUAAUCCAUGAAUUCCGUCUUUUUUUGGCCGAGGUGCAUAUCGAGGGAACAAGUCUACUCGUAAGUUUGUAAGUUAGGGAAAUAUAUUUCUUGAGAGGGCCAAGUUACUCCGUAUCAAACUGGAUGAUUUGUUUGCUUUACCAAGAAAACUCUUAUUACUGUGAAACCAUUAUUGCCUACUUCAACUCAGAACACUUCAAAGUGAAACUAGAGAGGUGCGUACAGUCAGACCGAUCGAUAUAGAGUUAAACGAUGCCACUCAGUCAAGCUAACUGAUCUUAAAGUAUAGACAUUCGUUUGACCAUGACUAGGAGCUUAGUUCUGUUAGCCCUAGAGUCUCUUGACUCGUCUUGCGUAGGGAAAUAAAUUAUAUACUCUAAUGUUUACACUUUCUUUGAAAACAGCGAGGUGUUGCCGAAAUUCUGGCGUAUUAAUAGAAAAAAAUAUAUAUUACUGUACUACCCCGCGAGUAAGAACCUACAUUUUCCAAAGUUGUUGAAAUGGUAAUUAGCGCAAAUAUAGGCUAUUUAGGUUCUUCAAGAGCUUUUUGGUUUUUGAAGAGAUAAUUACAUUGCCAAGUCAGUACGGGUAGUAAAAUGCCAUUCAGCCUAUUACUCCCAAAAGAAAGUAAGUAUUAAGUAAGCUUGUCCCAAUAACAAAGUUUUUAACUCAUUACUGCCUUGUCGAUCUUGUAGCGGACUUUUGGUUGGUGAGAUAACGCCAACCGUCAUUUCAAUAGGUUGUGGGGUGUGAUUUGGUGUGAUACUUUUCUUAUUUCCUAGUUAUAGAGAGGAGAAGUCGUUACGUCGUGUUGUCAUGGUGGCAAAAUUUCUGGAUGACAACAAACUGAAAACGUCACUUAAAAAGUGAAUUCGUACUGUUUGAAACCUCAUCGUUCCUAUUCAAUUUCAUUUAAUUUGUCAAAUGUUGGUGAAAUUUUCUGGGGUUGAAUCCGAUAGGACCGUCUCUAAGGUUAGGAAAAGAACAUUUUUGUGCUCUGUUCCCAGCCUACGCUUGAAAUUAGGAAGUUUCACGUCGCAGUCGUACAACGACGGCCAAAAAGAAAUGUACAAAAAAGCGCGUCGCACGUGCAAAGUUGUUGUUUUGCUUGCAUAAACAUAUUGCUUUUUCGCCAGUGGUCGUUGCCGUUGCCGUCAUCGUUGUGCUUGCUACCAUGGUAACAUGACGUCACACUUCUCCUCUCCAUUGGGAUAGCUUGUUAACAAAGUGCCCUCAGACGUGAUAUCAACAGAGCGCCCGCGGGCUUUUAUGAUUACGUCACGCUCUCAAUGCAACCGUUGUCCAAACCAAAUGAGGGUUCUGAGGAAAGUAAAUGCUCCAAGAAAACGCUGUCUUUUACUGGCAAUCAUGUCCAAUGAAUUUCAACUGCUUCUGUAACAAGAUGUAGGCAGACGACCUUUUUUCCUCGAAGAGAGUCGAAGAAAAAGUUUUUAGAAUGAUGUAUAAAUUGUUGGCUAUACAGCGUAUUCAUUACUCUCUACAACAUAUUUUGGAAAUUAUAUACCAGUGUAAUUAAAACAAGAAAUAUAUAUAUAACGAACAGUUAAUUGAUAUCAUAUUCUUUUACAUCUUAAUUCUUAUAAAGAAAGAUUGAUACAACGUGUAAUAUUUUUAAUUUAUUGGCCAGUCUUGACAAUGAUUGGCGUCGAUUGUAUACUACGAAUGUAAAUGAGGCAUGCGAGUGAUCGCCCACCAUGAACCGCUUGAGGAUUUAAUAAAAUUUGAAGCCACUUCAGCCUUUGUUGCCUUCUCUAAGCGACGGUCUCUUUGCAUUUUUGUGAGAAAACCAGCUGAAUUGCCAAUA